CCAUCAAGUGAGAAAAAAAAUUUCUAUAGGUGUACAAAAAAAAUAUUGCCUCUUAGAAAAUCCCCCCCCCCCAUCACUUUUCUAAUGGUCCGUCCCUUAGUUAAUUAAAUUUGCUGUAUACAUUAUGUCGCAACGUGUCACUAUUUAAUAAACUUAUGUACAAUUACAAAUCAAGCCCACAAAUCGUUGAAUAUACUCUUACCGCUCGUUGCAAAUCACGCAGGCGCCUAUUUAAAAAGCCCCAGCAACUUAACGCUCGAGAGAGCGUCUUGUUCCAUCAAAUUUCAUCCCCUUGAGAGACGGACCUGAACCAAGUCUAGAUCAAACUGUGAAACUGAUAUAGUCGCCUGAAGUCUCAUUGCCUAUUGCUCAAAAGGGCCUUUUAAUUUCACUAUUAAUCUGGGGGAUUGCCCACUCCUAGAAAUCGGACACCCCCCCCCCCCGUCAUAUUAGUUUUGACACCAGAAAAAUGCAGUUCCGAAUUGUUUCCAAGAAAUGUAAUUUAAGGAAGAUAUUCAAGAUCAAACUUGAAGCAACUGAAUGCAUUAAAUGGCGACAGAUACAUGCAGCAACCUCUCGCAUUUUCAAACUGAACAACUAUAUCGUCCCCAAUCAUUAUAUAAUUAUUAAACACAAUCACGCGAGGGCGACUUUGAAAUGAAAUCUUUGGAAAAGUGCUGCUCUUGGUUUUAAAUUUUCCCCGGGUUGACAUCCGGAUAUAUGCUAUCGGAUUACUCCAGCAAAAAUAAAAAAUCACAUGUGGAUAAUCAACUGGUAAGAAAAUUAGUUAAAUUACAAAGAUACUCUCCCUUCCACCUCGGUCCUCCUGAGCAAACCUCUAUUAACGACAUUUUUCCAUUUGAAAGAAAAUGUUUUGCCUUUGGCCUAAAAAAGACACUGUUGCUCAAAACGUUCCGGAAUUUAUCAAAAGAGACUUGGCAAGAUAUAACUUUCAUGUUCAAUACGAAAAGGCAUUGACAAAAGAACGAAAUCGCUCUGCAAAGUGAGCUUAUGUUGACAGAUUGGAACAUCUCUUCUGAUUAUGAAUAUAUAUAUCCUGGCUUCAAAAAUGGCUCAUUCUUUUCAAACGGAUGGUGUACGCAGUUCUACUUUCGAGAUCAUUUAAUACACUUCUGCUAUCUGCUAUCGUUUUUUGGGGGGUACCUCAUGUAAGACCCACAAACAGUUUGAGCAAAUUAUAAGGUAUAUCCAGCCUAGUUCCUGGCCUUCUCGCUUCCGCCUCGUUAUUUUAGGGGGAAAUCGCUAAGGUUUGCAGGUUGACCGGGAUAAAGCUGUAUUAUUUGGAUACUGGGGAGAGGCGAGAAGCGAGAAGGCCUAACAGGUAGGCAAUUUGUCGACGUUGACCAAAAAUAGCGGCUCAUUUCUUCUUGAGUUGACAUUUUCGCGUCGAAGAGCAAAAAUAUAGACUUUCGGAGAAUAUUUUAGCUGUUUACUAUCAAAUAUGCUUGUGAAACAGUCGAUAAUCUCACUGAGGAAGGCCAACGGUUUCUGAAAAGCUAAAGUACGUCGAAAUCAGCUUUGGAAUAGACUAUAUUUUCACCGGGGAAACAUGAACAAAAUGGAUAUUUACAUCAACACUAAAUUUUGCUCGUGCCUACAGAGCUAGUUGGAUUAAAACAGAUGUUAAGAAGUAAGUGAAAAUGUAAACUUUGUGAAUUAUACUUUCAUUAAAAUGUUUCAGAAGGUCUGCUAAUGUCAAACUACACGUGUGACAGAGCUGUCAGUAUACCCAUAUUUCAAUGUUUAUGUUGAAAUGACCUAUCUUCUUUGAGGUAUAGCUUAAAAUUUAGGGUAUGCUCAUCACUUGAAACUAGCUUUAAAUCAAAGUUUUAUCUAUAGUCUUUUUAUUAGAAUUAAAAUCAUUCAUGGGAAAAAUGUGCCAAAGGGUUGAAAUUGCCCUUGUAUAUGUAUACUAUUUUUGAUAUGUUUGGGUUAGUAUUUUGAAAAGGUGUUCUGGAAGGAAAAUAGGUCUUGAACAAUACUGGUUGACCCUUAAAUUAUAACUAGUGUUAUGUAAAUCACAGAAAAUUGAAAAAAGUCUGGUCCGUACACAAUAGUUUGGAUUCUAUGAGGUCCCGAAUGCGGCUUAUUUCAAUGUUUAAUCUGUUUACCUGGAAAAACAUAGAAAAUUGAAUAAGUCAAGAAUUUGACUAUGCUCAUCAUCCAAAACCAGGUUUUUCUAAUUGCUUUUUCAUCCAGGGUUUGUGGCAAUACCAGUUAUGCGACCAUGAAAAAUGCGCGCGGCACUUUUUUUGGACACUGAAGAUGACAACAUUUGAUGUUGUUAUAUAUUGCCAUCCUCUUAUCAUAGUAUAACUUAACUUAUUUUAGUGAGUUUGUUAAAGAAUUGUGCUCACUAUAUGCCUGUAGUAUCUACGAUUUAUUUCAUAGCAUUAGAUGAUAAAUUUAAGUUCUGUUUUCUUUUAUUUUUAGGUGAUAGUAUCUGUUCACAUGUGUGUUGGUAUCAAAUUUUGCACAAGAUUAAAUUAUUAUUUCACAUUCCUUUAUUGAAAUAUCCAAAUAAAUGGAAUGUGACAUCAAGCUGGAGGACUAAAUACUGUUUCCAAACUUGUUUUUGUAAAAAUAGAAAAUAACAACUUACUAUGUGUUGUUCUAAUAAAAACUAUGAUUUUUGAUAUGCAUAUUUAAUUUUUGAAAUUACAUUUCAUUCUUUGUUAAAAUGUGUACCAGGAAUACUGAAAUCUUUCAGAUCAGCUAACAAUACCUUUGUAACUUAUAUAGCCAAGUGUUCUAUCUAUUUCUGUUCAGAUUAAACAAAUGAUGGGUAAAAUAUUAGAUUAGAUUUUUGCAAAAAAAUGAGCUUGCCUGUUUUCAAAGCGUAAAAAGCAAUAAAAUAAAGCAAAAGUACUUAUUUUCAAUAUAAAACCUUUGGAAUGCAUAGCUUAAUGUUUUCCACUAAAUAUUACAAAGUUUUCGUUCAUUAAAAUGUUGUUUAUCAGCUUUAAAACCAGAUAAAUCCACGAAGCACUCCUAAUAUAUGUCGCCAUAUUGAUUUUCUUCGCGCAUGCUCAGACAAAUUGCCCACCUGUUCGCCCGUGUUUUAUAGCGCCCUGACUCGACCCAGUCUUUCGCGCGAUCUAUGUAUUGUCGAGAUUUUUGUCGAGAUCUUGAUUUGUGUCUGUCUGUUUGUCUGUUUGUAAAGAUGAUUUCCGGGAGGAAUAAUUAAGCUUCAGGAAGUUUUUUAAACGAGGGGGGCGGUCAAACCAUACUUUAUUUUGUAUUGUGCUGAUUUCUGCAAGCAGUUUUACGAGACCAUACGAGUUUAUAUGUUGGAAACAGUUGGAUUAAUGGUAAUUUGCAAACGAUUGACAUUCGACAAUAUCAAAGAAUAAUCAGGUAAGAAUGGUUUUAUUUCUUUCUGGUGAUAUACUUGAGCCAUGAGGUAUUUAAUAUAGGUAUUCAGAUCUGCGCAGUUUAGCAUUCGAUACAGAGGUAUUGAAACAUAUGAUUUCAUGAUGUCAAUGUCUUAUUUUAUAUACAAGGAGUCAAAAUGUAUUUUGAGUUUAAUAUUCGUUUGUGUGCAUGGCGAUGUGCAUGCAAGGCGAUGAGUUUAUAGUGUUCAUAAUGUUAGAUGUUUAUAGCCAUUGUGUAUGCUUUCAGCACGCACGUUUUCAAAACAAAUACGGACUGUUAUAGCAACCCAGUGUAGGGAUUGUUGUCUGUAUAUAUUAACUUAUCGGGUUACCAGCAGUUACAUGUAAAUAGCAUAUUAACCGACUUUUGUACAAGGUAUGAUGCUUGAUGGCCUGUUUAUAUCUCUGAGACAUGUCCUAAUUCUGUUAACAUAAUAUGAAAUAAUCCUACCGACCUAUACUCAUACAUUCAGUGGCUGUGUCACUACAUUUCUGGGUGUGCUAUAUUCUUCGAUAAUGCUCACAAAUCCUUUCUUAUUAUAUAGUUUUGCGGUUCUGAACUGAGUACAAUGAAUGAGUGGUGUCAUCUGAAGCUGACAUAUAUUAAAUAAACAAAAAUGUCAACAAAUACAUUUUGUCUCCCCAUCAGAUUGUUCGGUUGUUAAUUUGCUAUAGGGGUAGCCAUGUAAAUAAUAAUUGGAACAAAAACUGACUUAGUAUUUCUAUAUACGACAAUAUACAGUAUUCAGUAGCUAGCUGGCCAUGAUAACUGGUCAUGCUAUCCUAAUAAACCUGCAUCAUUUGAAUAAUGCACCAGUCAAUGUAAAUCCCCUCCCUCCAACUGGGGAGGGGCGUGGGAUUUAGCGGGGAAAGUGGUCAGUUUUGAUUGUGAAUAUGUCCUCAAUGAUGGGGGACUUGGACGACAUUCUCUCUUGCGGUAGACAAUGCGGGCGAAAGCAGGGGAAUGGAAUCGGUUGUUAACAUAUAUAUCCUGUGUUGCUGUUUUUAGUCUUCUUUGUAGAGUACGGUACCCCUGUGCAUUGACGACCCCAACGCAUGUUGGGGCAUGUAUAAAAGAGUGUUCCGCCAUCUUGUAUUUAGUUUAGACAAUAUAUUUUGCAUCUUACACUGGGCUCGUUUAUCUUCUGUUUCGGCACGUUACUACAUGGUGGCAGCGGUGAAAAAAUAGUAAAAUGGCAGACAAUACAACAGGGAAUAUGUCCCAAGUAUCAAAUAUCCCGAUUCCUGAGAAAUUCGAUGGGGGAAAUGGCCAAAACAAGGCGACUUGUGGCCGAAGUGGAUACGCCGGUUUGAACGCUACAGAAUUGCCUCGGGGCUUAAUAAUAAAUCGGAUGCUGAACAAGUAUCUACAUUACUGUAUGCGAUGGGUGAAUGCGCUGAUGAUAUCUUGAAAACGCUACAAAUUGACGAGGACAAAGCUUCGUACGAAGAAGUCAAGUCAGCACUCGAGAAUCACUUUUCUGACAGAAGAAACGUACUUGUUGAGCGUGCUCGCUUCAACCGGAGGGUUCAACGCACUGGGGAGCCAGUGGAUACAUUCAUCCAGGAUCUCUACAAAAUUGCAGCAGAUUGUGAGUAUGGAACAUUAAAAAACGAAUUGAUUAGAGAUAGAAUUAUUGUAGGGGUUGUAGACGAUUCACUCUCAGACCGCCUACAGUCUAAGCCAAAACUGACUUUACAAGAAGCAGUACAGAUUGCCCGUCAAGCAGAGGAACGAAAACAUAACAGAGAUGUAGUGAGAGGGGAUGCCACAAAGUCUAGUGCUGUUUAUUAUGUCCGAAAUGGGGCCCAAACCAAGGGGAGAUAUCACAAGCAAAAUCCUCGUUCCCAAGAAACAAAGGGUCCCCAUACACCACUUAAGAAAUCAGGGGAUAAAUGUAAUUGGUGUGGCCAUGAGAGGCACGACCGUAAAGUUUGUCCAGCAAGGUCAGUUACCUGUAAUAAAUGUAAGAAAAAAGGCCACUAGCAAGCAGUUUAUCAGAGCAAGCCAAGUUUUUCCAAGUCAGUUAACGAAGUUAAGAGCCUGGGGGAAGAUCAGGUCCUGUUUCUCGGGGAGAUCAAUGGGGAAAGUAAUGAUUCCUGGACUGUACAAAUAGGGGUGAAUGGUCACAACACAAAGUUUAAACUAGACACAGGCGCAUCAGUUUGUGUGCUAAGUGAUUCAGUUCCAUGGCUAGAGGGUAGUACGUUGGAAAAACCUCAACAAACCCUUAGAGGUCCAGGGGGAUCCAAGCUCAAAGUUAUGGGAACUUUCAUGGCUACCAUGAAAUACCGUCAGAGUAAGGUCCAGGAACUGGUAUAUGUUAUUCGGAAUCAGCCUUGCUCCCUAUUAAGCAAGAAAGUUUGUGUACAAUUGGGUCUUGUCAAAUUGAAUGAUGUAGGGGAAGUUAUUCAGUCCCCCCCUGACUUCCGAAAGGAUUGUUCGAAGGGUUGGGGAAGCUAAAAACGGAACACCAUAUAACACUGUGUGAUGAUGCCACCCAAGAAAGGUGCCCCAUCCCCUGAUACCCAAAGUCGAGGCAGAAUUACAGUCUAUGCUCAAGCAGAAUGUUAUUUCACCUGUGACUGUUCCUACUGAAUGGUGCUCGGGUAUGGUUUGCGUUCCAAAACCCAAUGGUAAGGUCCGCAUCUGUGUGGAUUUAACCCAGUUAAAUAAGGCGGUUAAGCGAGAAAUACACCCAAUGCCGUCUGUGGAUGAGAGCCUUUCCAAGCUGGGCCAGGGGAAAGUUUUCAGCAAGCUUGAUGCGAACAGUGGGUUCUGGCAGGUCCCACUAGACGAACAAUCGAGACUUUUGACAACAUUUAUAACACCAUUUGGUAGAUUCUGUUUUAACAGGUUGCCAUUUGGCAUCUGCUCAGCUCCUGAGAUAUUUCAAAGGACUAUGUCUGGUAUCCUAAAAGGUCUUGAUGGAACAAUCUGUCAGAUGGAUGACGUCUUGAUUGGUGGAAAAGAUCAGGUCCAACAUGACGAAAGAGUACGUGCAGCACUCCGACGUGUUCAGGAUGCAGGUUUGACCCUGAAUGAGAAGUGUGAGUUCAGUAAAGAGUCAAUCAAGUUCCUGGCACACGUGAUUGACGAUCUGGGCAUCCACAUUGACCCAGACAAAACGACAGCCAUUGCCAA